UUUCCUCUGGGGAUUACUACUUGCCGCGGGCACCGCCUCUCCACGUGGGCUCCAUUGAGAAGACAACAGAGCGGGUUUCUCCCCUGUUUACAAGCAAUCGACCUGGAAGGAUCCAAAAGCAAACGGAGGGGCGGAAUCAGGGAAGGAAGCGUCCGGGGUGGGCGGGUUCUUUGUAAACUAAGGCUGCUUUAUCCCGCCUUCCCUUAAUCCCACGGGACGAGUUUAAAGGACACCUUCAGAUUCUUAAUUUCCGUUUUAAACUCAUCCCAUUCCACCCUCUUUCUGAAGUAAUGGUAGUACCUAGCCACAGGCUGUGAGGUUGCCCGAGCUCCUGGGAAAGACGUAAGGAUUGGAUGUAUCUCAGAAGAGCGGGAUCGCGUUGCACUUCUUGGAAUCGAGGCAAAAAAGAUAUCUGUUUUCCACACUUAUUGACUUGCUGCACUCACGGAGCUGCUGCAUGGUGUUCAUGUGGACGCAUAGCUCUGGCAAGCCCAAGAGUGGCUGGAAUCAUGUGUGGGGAGGCAGGACGGCUCCUACCUCCCCCGAGCCCUUCACCAGCCAUGUUUGACGGAAAGAGUUUGGCUUGAUUCCUGAGACUCUGAGUGCUGUAUCAUAACGUGGCAGAGCGGGUAUGAGAAGUUUACAGCUGGUUCUGCUAUGAGCAAGCAACUACUGCAAAACAAGAUGCCAUCAGAGUUUAGGAACAUGUGUGUUCUUCUGCCGGACCGAGAGCAGCUGUGUGUGACUGUAGGGGUAAAAGCUACUGGACAAGAACUCUUGGAGCAAGUUUGCGACUCACUAAACAUUAAAGAGCCUCACUUCUUUGGUAUCAGUGUUGUAAAAAACAAUGAAUAUGUAUUUAUUGACCUGGAGCAGAAGCUUUGUAAAUACUUCCUGAAGGAAUGGAAGAAAGAGGCAAACAAAGGAACAGAGAAGUUCAGCCCACCUCUGGUUGCUUUCUUUAGAGUGCAGUACUACGUAGAAAAUGGACGGGUUAUAAGUGACAAAAUAGCACGACACUAUUACUAUUGUCAUCUCAGGGAACAAGUGUUGAGGUCUCGGUGCACCAACAAAGAAGAAAUCUACUUCCUUCUAGCUGCUUAUGGCCUUCAAGCUGACUUGGGUGACUACCAGGAACACCUGCAUGGCGGGAACUAUUUUGAACCUCAGGCUUAUUUUCCACAGUGGAUAAUUGCAAAGCGAAGCAGUGAUUAUAUCCUGAAGCAUGCUCCAGAGAUGCACAGAGAACAACAAGGCCUGUCUACUAGAGAAGCUAUUCUGAAGUAUGUCAAGGAGUCGUGCUUGUUGGAAGAUGUGCCUGUCCACUUCUACAGACUGCAGAAGGAUAAGAAAGAGGAUCGCCCUACAGUCAUCCUGGGCCUCACUCUUAAAGGGAUGCACAUCUAUCAGGAGGUGAACCAUGUUCGCCAGCUGCUGUAUGACUUCCCCUGGUCACAUGUUGGGAAACUUGCAUUUCUGGGGAAAAAGUUUGUGAUCCAGCCGGAUGGUUUGCCUUCUGCCCGGAAGUUGGUUUACUAUACAGGUUGCCCCUUUCGGUCUCGGCACUUGCUGCACCUGCUCAGCAACAGUCAUCGCCUGUUUUUGAACAUCCAGCCCAUACUUAAGCAGAUCCAAAUGCUGGAAGAUGCAGAAGAGAAGAAACGGUAUCGGGAAUCCUACAUCAGUGACACAUUGGAGAUGGAUCUUGAUCCAUCAGACAAGCAUUCACAUGACAGUGGAAGCAGCAGAGGAAGUGAAAGAAACAACCGUUUGUCUCGACAGUCAACAGAUAGCCAUGGCAGCUCUCACACAUCUGGCAUUGAGGCUGACUCCAGGCACAGAAUGUCUGUAGAAAUGUCCGUGGACGAGCCCUUCAGUAUGGAUCGAGUUCAUCGGAAGGAGAAGUCCUGCAGCUCAACCUUCAGCUAUGGAAGCUCUGGCAUUGAUAGUGGCAGCAAAGGGAGAGCAGAAGAUGACUCUCAGGAGGAUGAAGUUGAGCUGGCAGUGGAUGAAUCAGAAGAGGUACCUGUGGAUGACCCUCAGUCAGCAGAGACAGCCCAUGGAAAAUCUGUCGAGUCUCUUCCAGUAGACAAUGUUUGCUGCCAAGCCCUUGAAAAGAACCAUCUUUCAGUAGUGCAAGUCACAUUAUUCAAGGUCAAAGGUCAGAGUGUGGAAUCCCUUUGUCAGAAUACAGAGCCCAAAGCUAUAAAGUGCCCAGACCAGUACAGCCAAAGUUUAGAUGACAUUCGUCUUCACAAGCAUCUUCAUCCACCAUUAAGUGCCACAUUGUCUUCAGAUACCUCCCACAGCUACACAUUUGGUUGUGCCUUAGAAGAUAAGCUGGCCAGCUAUGGGUGUGUGUAUUCAACAGCCGACUGCAAAACCAAAUCAGCCCUCUAUGGUAAGAGGUCCAUGAACUGCCUGUCUCUGGAUCUCUUGGGAGAAGAUCAGCUUCCAGAAGAAUUUGUGGUGUAAUCGCAUUGGGGAAGCUCUUGGACUAUCUUAGUAAGGAGCAUCAUCAAAAGCAGAAAUGACUGCUAAUCUGAGACUAAUGGAAAAUGGAAGCUGUUACACAAAAACACACACACACCUCAUCAUGUGGGAUAUUAUUGAAAACCCCUGGUUUUUAAUUGUUGUUCUAUCUGGGAAACCUGAUUAAAGGACAAGGUAAUAAUAUUAAAGCAUAGCACUUUUAGUGCUAUGAUGCCAGAAUACCAGUGCUUCUCCCUGUGUGUGUCUGAGGAGUCCUGGACCAUUGGCAGGAACACUUUUCCUACCGAAGAGACUGGUGAGCAAACAAGCAAGAAUACCAAACAAGUCUGUAGAAAUAUUUAAUUAGUGUUCCUGAGUUAUGGUCCUCUGAAUUAGUCAUUUCCCUUCCCAUUGCUUCAGUAUGUAGAAUUCUUAGGAAGGUUGUUCUCAAAAUGUUAUCUCCAUUAGCUCUCUGCCCAGCUGAAGCUCUGCCUUUGACUUCUUAUGGAGUAGCAUCUGCCUCAUAUUAUUCACAGUUUUCCUCCUCCAGACUUACCACUUGUCAGAUCACAAUGUUGGAACAUCCCCAACAUACGCCUGUCCUACCAUUUCUUGCAAAAAGUGAGGGGGGCAUCAUCAGAGAAUGAAAACAAGAAGAGAGUCUUCUCCUCAAUGUGGUACCCCAAAAUGAUGUGUUGAUAUUAUUAAUUGGUCUGCCACAUUUUAAUUAAAAAGCCUUCCAGGACAAGAGAUCUUAUCUCUUGAUUCCAGUGAAGGUUGAUCUUGCAGAGAAGCUAAGGCUUUAGCUUCCCUGUGAGAUUAAGACAUAAUAUUUUCUUCCACAGUCUUUUUCUUUAAUUGAAACCUGUAGUGCAAAUUUACAUCGUCAGCAAAUCAUGUUUUGUCUGUGUAUCACUUGGAGAGUUUGCCACUUACAUCUCCCCCCCCAUCCCUGCACGCCCCAGCCUUUCUUUAAAAACCUUGCACAAAGAUAACUGCACAACCUCUGUAGGGACAGGCAGCAUUUAUAAAAUGAUCCUGCCAAGGUGUUGAGUCAUGCAACAGAUCUGCAAUGUGAGAAACAAUAGCAAGAUGCCCCAGCAUUUUUAGAAACAACAUAAAGGUGCCUAUUGCUCAAUGAGUUGACUCUGGUCUUGUGGUAGUAAGCAUGACUUGUCUGUUUAGCUAAGCAGGGUCUGCCUUGGUUGCAUAUAAAUGGGAGACUAGAAUGUGAGCACUAUAAGAUAUUCCCCUCAGGGGAUGGAGCCACUCCAGGAAGAGCAGAAGGUUCCAAGUUCCCUCCCUGGCUUCUCUGAGAUAGAGCUGAGAGAGAUUCCUGCUUGCAACCUUGGAGAAGCCACUGCCAGUCUGUGAAGACAAUACUGAGCUAGAUAGAUCAAUGGUCUGACUCAUUAUAUGGCAGCCUCCUAUGUUGUACAAGCACGAUAAGCUCCAUUUGAAUUCAUAAACCUAUGAUGCUGCCUUAUAUAGAACCAGAUCAUAGAUUCAUCUGGGUCACUAUUGUCUAUGCUGACUGACAGCUCCAGGGUUUAAAGACAGAGGUCUACCUGGAGAGGUCAGAGCUUGAAACUAGGACCAUCUGCUACGUGCAGUGCUACAGACCUUCCCUUAAGUUCACAUACAGUUCCGUAUGCAUUGAAAUCCCACUCAUUUCAGCGAGACCUGGGUCUACUUAUCCUUCUGUGGUGGUGUUACUUCGUACUGGAUAGAAAGAAAUUAUGGUUAGUUUUCACCAUUCACUUAAGUGCUGGUGUUUGAAACUCCAAAGAGCAUUGACUCGCCAUGACUCAGAAAUAUUGGCUGCUUGAUCACUGUUUUGUUUCAUCACAAACAAAUGUUGUCUUAACUUUUUAGUAGAUGUUCAAAUCAACUACUUGAUAUGCUUUCUGUAUGAUUUUUCUCAGAGGGCUGUUUCACAUAUGCAUGUUCAUCACUUCUUGACCAUAGCAUCAAGUGACUAUGACCUCCAUUUACCUGAUGCAAACCUUCUCUCAAAGCUGGUAUUGGGCCCAGGAGGAAUGCUCCCAUUGACGUCAAUGAGAGCGUCCCUCCCAGGACUAAGAGCAACAUGGGAUUAAAAAUGCCUUCUCCUUGCAUGCUCCAUUCCAAUCUUGCUAACUGGGCAAAGAGGCAAUUGGUGACUCUCUUCUGUAUAGCAGAGGGAGAGUAACUGCCCCUAUCCAACCCCAGCACAGUGUCUUUGCAGUGCCUGAUUCUGACUUCUACCUGGUGUUUCUUUUUAGAUGGUGAGCCCUUUUAGGGUUCAUCUUAUUCCUUUUUUCUGGGUAAGAAAGCUGCUUUGAGAACUUUUUUUUUUUUUUGAAAAGCAUGUAUAAAUAUUCUUAAUAAUAAGGAUUCCCAUUAGGAAUGAUUAUUUAUUAGGAGCCAUGGACGGUCUCCUCGUCCACUAGCAGUGGUGAUGGGGUUUGGAAUAGCAUAGAGCCAACACCCACACGCCCUGCUCUCCCAUUAGUGAGGCACCGUGCAAUAUCUAAGCCAAUAAUACGACUAUUAGUAGUAGUAUGCAUGGCUAUUAUUAUUUUUAAUUGAAGUUUCAACUACAAGUAACACAUACGGAUUGAUCCUGAGAAUCAGGAUUGAUCCUGAGAGGCAGUAUGGUGUAGUUAAAGUGUUGGACUAGGACUGGGGAGACCUGAGUUCAAAUCCCCCUUUAGCCAUGAAACUCACUGGGUGACUCUAGGCCAGUCACGUCUCUCUCGGCCUAACCUACCUCACCUGGUUGUUGUGAGGAUAAACAUAACCAUGUACGUCGCUCUGGGCUCCUUGGAGUAAGAGUGAGAUAUAAAUGUUGGGGGCUGUUGUUGUCUUAUUGUUGCAUAAUGAAGUGAUGAGCAAUCAGGUGGUGUACAAGCAUGUGUUAACCAGUACUUAGUUGUUAUUUAUUUAUUUAUUGGCCUGGAACGUUCAUUGUGAUACUAAAUGCUCUCAGAUGUGUACAUAUUUUGAUGCAGAAUCUGAGAAUGUAAUUAAGGCAGUGUCCAAUAUCUUAUUAUUCCCCUUUUUGGCCUUGGGAUGUUUUUGUUCACCUAGGGUUCUUCAGCUGAAUAUUUCUUUUCAGACUGGUUAUUCAUUCAUUCAUACAAUUUCUAUACCGCCCUUCCAAAAAUGGCUCAGGGUGGUUUACACAGAGAAAUAAUAAAUAAAUAAGAUGGAUGCCUGUCUCCCAAGGGCUCACAAUCUAAAAAGAAACAUAAGAUAGACACCAGCAACAGUCACUGGAAGUACUGUGCUGGGGGUGGGUAGGGCCAGUUACUCUCCUUCUGCUAAAUAAAGAGGAUCACCAUGUUAAGAAGGUGCCUCUUUGCCCAGUUAGCAGGGGUUAGAUGGUUAUUGCCAACAGAGCAAAUUAAAGGGUCUUUCAAAAAUCUCUUUCCACAAAAUUGUAUGGCUGUAAAGACCAGUGAGAGCCGUAGCAGUGAUGUCAAUUCCUUCGCAUGCAUUUCAAGUACAGGGGGUGGAGAUGAGAGGUUGCUGUUACAGCAGUUUUUAUUCAUUUAUUUGCUGCCUUUCAAGGUAGGCAUGAGAUAAGCAGAAGAUUUGGGGCAUUAGGAUAGGGUUUCCCAACCUUGAGAAUUAAGAUUUUGUUGGACUACAACUCCCAUCAUCCUCUGUCAUAACGUCAGUUGUGGCUAGGGAUGUCAAGUCCAGCAACAUCCAGGGACCGAGGAAGAAGUUCUCAUGUGCAAGAUCCAUUGAAAUAAAAUAAUGCAGCUGCUCUUCUAAAAGGCAUUUGCAGAGGAACUUCCUAAUACAUUGUCUCCUGCCUCCUUUCACUAGCUUGCACUUCGUUUGGAUUAGAAAUCCUAUUUCUCAAUGCUGUUACAUUCCCCCCCCCCCCAAGAAAUGUUGGCAGCCUCUCUUAUUUGUAUACAUACUGAGAUCGUACACAGGAACUCCUUUUUUGGAGCUGGGGAAGACAGGAUCCCUCCUGCCUUCCCCCACAUGAGCAACAUGGUGUUCUGGAGGCUGGGGAAAUGCAGCCCAGCCUCCAGAAACCCCACAAUGCACCGUGUGAGGAGCACAGUGUGUUGGGGAUUUCCUUGUGAGCCAGGCGCUCUAGGCACCUGGCUCUGUGCCUGCUGAGGGGAGUGAGGAGAGAGGGUGUGCACACACCCUCUUAUCUCAGUAAAAGCUUGGCGGGGAAUCCUGAGCUACCUGGCAGGGCAGUGCCAGGAUUGGCCUCGAUCCCGGCAUGUCACAUCACACGAGCAGCCUUACUGGCUGGCAUGUUGUGCGAAGCCACAUGAUUGGCUCUGAACUGUCUGCACCACUGCAGGCUUCUGAAGCAACUACUACUUAAAAUGGUACAAUCACACCUCUGUGGCACUACAUCCAUUGGAAAUAAUGAAUGUAGCACUGCAGAUAUGUGACUGCACAAUUUAAAGGACUAGUGGAUGAACCCUGUCCUGCAACACUGUGCGUGUUCCUGCAGUGGCACAGGUGGUUCAGGACUGACCACGUUACCUUACACCACAUGCCACACCAUGUAACAUCACUUGCCAGCACUUUCAAUUAGUUCCUUCAUAGGUUGCCUGUUGUUCUAGACUGUUGUGUAUUCUUUCUGUGCUUCAUGUUUCUAGCCAUGUAUUCAUAUUUAUAUGUAGUUAACGAGAAUGAAAACCUGCAAAAUCUGGCAUAUUUUGGGUUGGAUCCAAAGGUUUCCUUCCUUGGGAGAAAAUGGUCUUCCUUCAAAAGAGGACUUCUUGUUCCAGAGCAAGGAAUCCUUCCAGAGAUUGACGCUUAGGACACCUUAGGAUCCAACUCCUUGUCUUGGUUUCUCAAAUAGAUAUGAUGAGAUGAAAGGAGGGAUGUAUAAUACCCAAAUGUAUGAUUUGAGGGCUAGUUCAUAGAGAGUAAUGGCUCCCAGAUACAAUCCUGCCAAAGGUAAGCAAGAAUGUGUAGUGCCAUUGUUUCAUGCUUGAAAUCAAGUGGGACAAAAGCACUUCACUUUUGACUGGAGUGUACCUUUUUUUAAAAAAUUGACUCACAUAUAUUGAAAUGGUAACAUGUGAACCUGACCAUGAAAAUGAUUGAAUUUGUCUUAAUGAAAACUUUGAACACUGGCAUGGCUGUUGUGCAACCUCUUUUCUUUCACGUGAACGUAAGAGUUCUGACAUAUAUUUUAAUUUUAAUCUUGAGGUUCUAUUUUAGUUUCAUGUUUAGUUUAGAUGUGGUAUGGGUUUAAAAAAAAGGGGGGGGGCCUUCUAAUCCACUGAAGAUCUGGAAACCAGCUGUCAAUAUUUGUUCAGCUGUAUUAUACUUGUUGCCUACCACCACCACCUUAUUUUUAUGGCCAAUGUUUCUCCUUUCCAUGAAAGGAAAUCUUUUGUAUGGAGGGGGGAGGGAACCACACAACUUAUAUAUACAUAUGUAUGUAUGUGUACACAUGUAAUAAAAGAUUGCUAGAAAAGCAA